AUGUCAUUAACUCCUUUGCGAAAAGAAUUCCCUCUAUUUUUAAAACCAUAUCUACCUAAUGAAUCUAUAAGGACAGAUGAUAGACCAUUUAUAACUUUAACUUAUGCUCAGUCCCUAGAUUCGAGAAUUUCAAAAGGGAAAGGUAUAAGAACAACUAUUUCACAUUUAGAAACUAAAACAAUGACCCAUUAUUUACGAUUACAUCAUGAUGGUAUACUAAUUGGUAGUGGUACCAUAACUGCAGAUAACCCUGGGUUAAAUUGUAAAAUAGAUGAGGAGAAAAUUCAAAUGAACUCACCAAGACCAAUUAUUAUUGAUCCAAAUCAGAAUUGGAAUUUUAAAGAUUCAAAAAUUGAAGAAUUAUAUCUGAAGAAUCAAGGAAAAUCACCCAUUGUAUUUAUUAAAGAAAAUGCAGAUAUUAAAUAUCCAAAUGAAAAUGUAAAUUAUGAAAGAUUAAAAUUCAAUAAAGAUGGUUUUAAUUGGAUAGAUAUAUUUGAAUUAUUAUCAAAAAAAUAUCAAAUGAAAUCUAUUAUGAUUGAAGGUGGGGCAAACGUUAUUAAUAGAUUAUUAAUGAAACCUGAAUUGAUUGAUAGUUUAAUUAUCACAAUUGGUUCCGUUUAUUUAGGUAAAAAUGGUGUAGAGGUUAGCCCUUCCAAAGCAUUAAAAUUAAAAGAUGUUAAUUGGUGGAAAGGUACGACAGAUUCUGUUAUGUGUGCAAGAAUUGAUUCUAUAGAUGAUUAA